CGUCCCUGCUAAAUGUUUGCGUGUCAAUUUUCAUCAUAAUUAAAUAAAUGGAUUAAAAGUUAAAUUCGAGCAACAACAACAACACAAACAGCCACGCACAUGAAUCACCUCAGUAAUUUUUUAACGAACAAAAUAUCUGCAACCACCGCAAAUUUUUAAGAAAAAUAUGAAUUUAACGAGUCCAACGAGUGGCUUGGUGUCGCCGCAAGAACACUCGAGUCAUGGUCAGCAGGAACUCAGCGGUAGUCACAAUCCCUUCGAUGAUGGCCUGCAAGAUUUGAAUUUACCGGUGCCCGUACAGACCUUCUUGUGGGGACAAAUUGCACCGUUUAUCCGUCCGAAGUUGGGGAAAUUGCAUGAAGCCAGUUGUACGUUUUGUCAACAUGCACCAGGACAUCAUGAAUUGAAAGAAGCGUGCAAGUCAUUUGAGAAAGUUCUCGUGCAAAAUAUCUUGUUUGGGUUAUCGACUUCUAUGACAUCAGCUCUUCAGUCGAUUCCGCGAUGGAGAACUUUGCAAGCAGCUCUUCCGCAUUUAAUGCAUUCGGCAAGUGCUUUAUUGCACACGAGAGUAAAGGAUAUGCAUCAAUUAGGAGCAGCGGAAGUCAAACUGCUCUACACGUUGCACUGGUUAUUUUUGCAGGCAGCUGAUGAGUGCGAAGAUGAAUACGAUACGGACAAGAAACAAAAGCAACAGUAUUUGUUUUCAGUGCCAACUCUUACCUUAUUUAUCUAUUUAUUCGCUCCGAUUGCGCAUCACUUGAAAGAAUCAGACUUUCAAAAUUUUCGCCUAGAGAAUGGAGUUAAAUUUUGGCAAGGAAUGUGGGAGUUUAAGGCUCCUGGAGCUCCAUGUUUCACGGCACCUGUGAAGCCUAAAGCUCGUCAUUUGUUGAAUUCCGUUAGCUCUUCAACUUCAGCGGAAAUUAUUCCCGAAACUAACAGGAAACAGAGUCAGGAUCCCAUGAAUUCUCCUCCAAGUACUUUUUCCGAGACUCCCAAACAUGAUGAUGACGUUUCUUGGGUCUCAUCACCCAAAGAUUGCGUCUUUCCCGAAACAAUUCCCGAAGAAGCCUCCAGCAUCGAAGAGGAACGCGUCGUAAUGCUUCGUCUUCCUCCUGGGCCACAAAAUCAGGAUCCCUCGAUGUACAACAUUUCCGAUGCCAGUCUCUUGCAUCAAUCAAUGCCUCGAGUCUCGUCCCACACUCGUUUCGACUUUGAAAAGGCUCUUGAAAGAUCCGCGGAAAAAAUGAAACGCGAAGACUCGAAACCAAAAACAAGUUCGUCGACAGAAAAGGAAUCCAUCGAUACAGAACCGAAAUUUCCGCCAACCUCAAAGUUUGACGUGAAUGCUGCGACCUUUUUGGAUGUCGCUGUGCUUCGAUGUCUUUUUAUCUCGCACUGGCAGGAAGAUGGGGUUUAUUGGGCUUUGCAUUACUUGAAUAAUCGUUUGAGAGAAAUUAAUGAAGAAGCAACUUUGCCACCGUCGCAACCACGAAGACGUUCGAAUAGUUUGCCCAUACCACAAAUUGAGGUGUCACUGUAUCAAGGACCGGGAAAUACGAGCGAGAAAGGAAGUCCCAGUAAUAGUUCGGUGCCCAAGGAGUAUAUUGAGGUACCUGAGCCACCACCACAGCAGCUUGCAGAAGAAACUUCCACCUCCAAUCGUCGUGGCAGCGAGAAAAAACGUCGUGUCAAAAUGGCAGACUUACGAACUCUCAUCGAAACUCGUAUCCUGUCAAAAUCCGAUCGUGGUUUAGAAAAAAUCGGCGAAUCCAAUGGAAAUGCAAACAAAAAUCUCACCGAUCACACAGAUCAUCAUCGGAGUCUUGACACGAGCGAAAAACAACUUGCCAGAUCCGCAUCUCUCAUUUCGCGCGAACCACCGUCGAAUCUCAUCAAAGGCAAGAGCAUGCCAAGUUUGAGCAAUCUGCUUGAUACUGGGUUUCAUCGUUAUGUCGAGCCCCAAAGGAUCAUUCGGACCACUCCCCCCUCAGCAGAUCAGCGUCCCUUGUUGCCACGAAACCCAAUUAUCACAGUGACGGAACAUACGCCGACCCCAUCGCCCGAUUACAUUCGUCGUCAGGGCUCGUUUGACUCGCAAUUGGAUGUCUUAAGUACUGCGGGCAGCGUCAACUUCAAAGGACAAAUGUUGCGAUCGCAUACAGACUCGCACAUCGUUUAUUGCGGCUUGGAGGAGGCAGAAGCGCCAGGAUCGUCCUUUUAUAUCACGAAAGAGGGAGGCAUUGACUAUGAAAUUAUCCUGUUGGCGGUUUAUAAUGUCUUUAAGCGGGACAAUCACGUGUGUUCGUUGAGAGUUUUGGAAACGGGAUUGAACGUUUGUGAGUUGCUAUUGGAGCUGGGAGCACUGAAACUUGGAACGCAUGCACAUAAAUUGUCGAUGGGGAUUAUUAGGAAGGCACUUUUGCAUUUGGGGUGCCCGCAUGGAUGUAAUGAAGGAAUCCGUGGUCCUCCUGCCGAAUUCCUCCGUACACAAUGUCAUUCAAUCCUUUCACGACUUUUACGACAACUUUGCUCCCUUUCGAAGGCCUACUUACGAGCCAUGGUAAGAACCACACCACUUCCCGAACUGAUCGAUUUUUUCCAUGCAUUUGUUGGCUUUUGUGUGGAUCCGAGUUCAUUAUUGUCACCACUAACAUCUGAUUUGUCAUCUGGAAUCCCAGGCGGACAAGGUGGUUACACGACGAAUUUCGGCAGCGGCUUGAGCGGCAGUGCCGAAAGUCAGGUAAUUGCGGCGGUGUUUCGGGCGCUCGUCACGCGACUCGUCGACGCGAUUAAGGACUUGAAGGCGCCGGAAAAUAUGGGACUUUAUGCGGAUGUGCGGUCGUUGAUAACGUAUGUGAAGGGCGCGCAUGGCGGAACUUUUCGACGCGUGGCCUUAAGUGGCAUUUUGGCUGUUUGUAAUCGACCGCAUAUGAAACCGAUUGUCAAGCAGACGACACGUGUGAUACGUCAUCUUUCGCAGAGCGAAAUUCAGAUGUAUCGCGAAGAUGAAAGGAGUCAACGACGUUAUGUUUUGAAGAAACGCGCAUCAUCCGCUUGUCCAAGUUUCCUCGAAACCGAAGUAAUGGAGGAGCAUUUCUUCUCAAAAGACUCGCCCGGCAUCAUGAAACGCAAAGGAGCUCGUCCAAUUCUCACGCCGCGUCACAGCGAAAAGGCUCUUCUCUCGGAUUCGACUUCGAGCUCCGACAAGACUCAGACUGGUGGAAAAUUGAGUGGCAUUGUGCGAUGGUUCCGUGGAUCGAAAGACAAAAAAUCCUCCGUUGACAUCGAAACGGGAGCUUUUACGUCGGAAAUUAACACGUUUAGUCGCAAAAGUUCGAUGUGCACGACUCAGCAGCGCGGAAGACCGAAUGAUGGCAUUGGAAGAUCGUUGCAGAGAGCUCGAAGACGUGUCGAACGGAGAUUGGGACGAUUUGGCAUCGGAAAAGGGAAGAAAAAAGGAGCUAUGGGACAGGAUGAUACGUGUGGAAGUUAUUUCAGUCGUAAAAGCUCGUACGACACCGGAGAAGGUCCCCGCGAUUCCGAAGUUGUCGUCUUGAAAGAAAGAUUUUUGAUCCCAACUGAGCCGCUGCGUGAUGGAAUGCUUCGUUUCUCAUUUUUACUCGAAACUUGUGCUCCCGGAUCGAUUCCCGAUCCUCAGUUGAUCGCGGCAGUUCUUGAUUUGCCACAAGCACCCAUCAUCGCCCGUGCCACGAUCCUCAUCGAGUGUUCCCAUUACGUUCACUUGUGCAACAGAAACCAAUGGCCCAGCUGGAUGAAACACAAUUUGGCGAAUUUCCGCCCCUCAGCCCCAAACAUCGGUCAAAAUCAUCGCCAAUCGACGGCUCAAAACGCGCGUCGCAUUCACACUUUGCAACGUGGCGCCGGCAAAAUGUUCCAUCAAUGGGCCGAAGCAAUCGGACAUCGUCUCGAAGACUUGGUGAACAUCGAAAAAGCAUCUUUCGAACACAUGAACUCCGGCUUGACAGACAUCGAACGUCAAAAAUUGCUCGUGCAACAAGACGAGGAAGAGGACUUUUUGGACGACAUUUCGGUAAAUCCACGCGGAAAUGAUUGUCCUCCCGCACUGAAAUUGGUGGCUUGCAUCGUUUUGCUCGAAAUUACGGCAUUUUUGCGAGAAACGUACCAAACGAUCCCGAAAGCGUCGCGAAUGUCGACCAAAGAAAAGCUGGCGCCGUGGGAAAAAACUUACAAAGAAGCAAAUCGACGAUGGUCAAUGGCAUUGAGCUCCAUGGGACAUUCGCAGGCAUCGGCUCAGAGCUUGCAAUCCAUUGCUGGAGCUGAUGGACCAACAGAACGUAAAAUUUCGUUCGUUCUUCAUGAGCCGGAUAAUGAAUCUGAGGCAAGUAGCAAUACAACUCUCACGAUGCAAGGCGAGGAAUUGCAAUCAAGACGUCCCGUUGCCACAGUUCGACCGUUUUUGUUGCGACGAGGAACAGCAGUUGGCACGGGAGGAUCUUUCAAACGACGUUCUUUGAAGUUGCGACGCGGCACAAAAGGCGAAAAGGAACUGGAACAAGAAUAUUCCGUCAAACGAACUGAUUCAAUACAAUCACGACGAAAGGUCUCAUCACUCUCCGAUCGUAGCGACAACUCCGAAGCAGGUCAACACAGUGGCGGUGAAGAGUCUCCCGGUGUUUUAAGUGAUGAUCAGCCACCAGAGUCACCAAAUACGAAAGAAGAAAACGAUGACGCAGAUGACACUGGAAAAAAUUUCCCAUGGAUGAAGGCAGUCAUCGAAGUCUUAAAUUCUUUCAAUUUUUACUGUACUCAUCAAAAUUAUUGCCAUCCGUAUUGCUAUAGGAGACAUAUGCGAUCAGCAAGUCGGCUCAUUAAGGCAAUUCGAAAGGUGCACGGAGAGGAGUUUGGUCUCGUGCCGAAUGCAUAUUCAGCAAGUACGGAACAAGCAAAGAUGAGCGGAAGGCGGGAACGAACUUCGCGUGGCGGGCGGAAAGUUUCGGACCAAAGUUCGUCUCAAACGUCGCCCUCACGACGCAAAGACAGCAUGUCACGACGCGACAAAAUUAAUUUAGACGACGAUGGAGCGAGUGCUGCUUCGAUUUUAAAUCAAAAACCGGAAGUCAAAAAAUCCAAAGAAACUCCGUUGAUUUUGAAAUACAUCAAAAAUCACAUUCGCGACUUGUUUCACGUGCCAAUGGCGACAAUUCUCAAGGGAGCGGCGAUCAUGACGGAGGACCAAUUUGUCGAAGUGGUGCCAUCGGCAUGGGAAUUACUUCUAGAGCCAGAUCAAGAAUUGGCAGCUGCUUCAGCUUCCGUUUUCAUUUUGGGCUCGGUUCGUGCGCCAAGUUGCACCACGGAAAUCAUGCAAAAAGCCUUGAAGCACAAAGACCCGAACGUGCGAAUUGGCGCCAUUUUGCGAUAUCAAGUUUUGUGGAAGAGUCGCUUCCAGGUGUGGCCUCGAAUGGAAGAAGCGGCUCAUGUUUCGUUUAAGGUUCCGCCGCCCGGCAUCGAAUUUACACUUCCUUCGCCCAAAAUCGGGAUUGAAAGUUUGCCGGUUGUGGAUCCGCCGUGGAGUCCAAGACAGCAAAAUAUGGAAGUCACGUUGGAUCAGGAAAGGCAUCGAUCGUUGGUGACGGCGACGAAAACGAGGAAAAAGCAGCAAACAGAAGCGAUUAAACAUGCGAUUCAGUUGCAGGAAGACAAGCAGAGAGCGGAGAGGCAAAGUUUUCUGAUAACGACAAUUGCGAUUACGCAACAAGCUGCCCAUGCACCCGGAAUUGAUCAUAUGCCGGGCGAGGAUCAUCUGGAAGAAGAGGAAGAAGGUGCCCGUUCAGCAAUGCAUCUCCAUGCCGCCCACUCCUUGUUCCCAUCAUGUCUCUGUUCCUCCGUGAUGCUCAUCGUCAACUCCCUGGACGACGCGCAAGUCGGCAACGACGGUCAAUCCGUGUACGAAGUCGCUUACCAAGUCAUUUGGACUUGUCUCGUCGAAGAUUCUGCCCUUUUCCUUCGUUUUGUCCUGGAAAAAUUGACUCGCGAUCGUCAAGACCAAAUGUUCAAACUUUUGCGACAUCUCAUAAGAUUCGUUCCGCGACUUCCGCAGCAGGCAGCGUUCACGUUGUACAAUUAUUUGAUCGGCUAUGUGAUGUUUUACGUGCGUUCCAGUCACGAAAAUGGACUUCAAAUGGUCGGAUCAGCACUCUCGAUUAUUUGGAUGAUCGUUCAUAGCGUGCACGGCAUCAUGUUUAAGGACUUGAAGCAGAUUUUGCGGAAGGAACAGUGCGAUGCGUCGAUUUUAUUGACAGCGAAUGUGCCGUCGGCGAAGAAAAUUGUCGUGCAUGGACCAGAAGGCAAAGAUGAGUGCGGAAUUCCAUCACAAUUCCCGGUUCAAGAGGAUACGCAGUUCUUAGCGUUGCUCCGAGAGUCCUUGGACUUUUUUGGGAUCGAAGAAAAACUUCAUAACACGCAUUAUCUCGUCGAUUAUAAGACACAGCAAAUUCUGAACCCAAAUUGGUACGUUCGUGACUUGUACUUCUUCAAACGCUCCCAAUACCCGCAACUCCGUCUCGUGGAAAUGCGGCAAGACGAAGCUUUCCUGGCCCUUCAACGACAAGAGCUCCUGCGAAAAUUUGUGGAAAUCGGAAAAGUCCAUUUAACGUGGGCCAUUCUCAAAAAUGUCGACAUGGUCGUGCAACGCGUCGUAUUUUUGCACGAAGAACUGAUGAAACUUCCCUCAUUUCCGCGAAAAGCUCUCGAAGCGGACUUGGAUCUCUAUCAAGGCGGCGAAUUGGGCAAAGAACUCUUGGGCCUCGAUGUUCUCCACAAAUUCAUGUGGGUUCGUCUCAUCGCUCGCAUGUUCGAAGCCAUGGCGGGAAAUUUCGCGUAUUCGGCGGAUAUUCAGCUCUUCUUGAACGUCUUGUCGGGCGCUGCGUUACUUCAUUCCGAGGAUUCGUGCAUCAUGCGUUACGUGAUGGCGACUUUUAUCAAUGCCGCGUUUAAUUUUAAGAAUAUUUUCUCGACUUCGGGAUAUUUUAUGAUCAUGCCGACGUUGCUGCAAAUCUACUCGUUGCACCAAACGAACAAACUUGUGACCACAACGAUCGAAUAUGCCGUCAAGCAGUUUUAUUUGAUGAAUCGGAAGCCCUUUAUUUUGCAAAUGUUUGGCUCGGUGAGUUCCAUUUUGGACACAGAUGAGGACGGGUAUUACGGAGAAGCGCAUAAAGUGCAGUCGAGUUGCUUGUUUAACCUGCUUUUGAGUUUGGAGACACCGUCGCCGGAUCCAUUGAAUAUUGCUGAGUUGGUGAAGGAGCCAAAACCUUUGAAAGCGAUCGAUUUUUGUUAUCAUGAUGAAGAUGAGAUGGUUGGAGUUAUGGAUUGUAUCACUCUUUGUCAAAUGACUGUUUCUUACUCCGCUGAAAGUACUCGAGGAUAUCAAAUGUUGGUGAUUCUCGAGGCAAUUUUACCGUGUUACUUGCAACAAAUCCAAUCCACGAGUUAUGUACCGCUCGAGGGAAAGUGCGAACGUGACAUAAUUCUCCAGCUAGCGAUUUGUGUGAGGACUAUGGUGCACAAUUGUGAAGGCCUUGCCAAGAGCUACAACGGUCCAUAUCGCAACAGUCCCGAGCACAAAGGCUCAUCGCAGCGCAAUUGUAGUCGAGGUCCGCCAUGCUCUCCGGGGCUAGAUUUCGAAGAGGAAUCACAUUCAAAGUACGUCAGUGACAUGGGACGCACGAAAAUUAUGAUGGAAUCCGUCGAAGACUCGGAAAUGGUUCGAACGGAGUAUCGGAGACCGCGUGACGUGCUACUUUCGCUCGUUGGCGACUUUUUGAGUCGAUCAACGACACGUUUGGCGGAGCUGGGGAAGAAACCGGGUGCCGAUAACAAACCUGUGGAAAUUUUGGAUCAAAAGUGUCACAUGCGAUUGGCGGAUAUCGCGCAUUCGCUGCUGAAAGUCAGUCCGUAUGAUCCGGAAUCGAUGGCAUGUCGCGGAUUGCAAAAGUAUAUGCAAUGUGUGCUUCCGAGAGCGGAUUGGGGUGACGAAAAGAUGCGACCGUCGUUGAUAACGAUUUUGAGACGAUUGGACAAAGUUUUUAUCAAGAUAUCGAAAAAGCCGUCAAUCAGGCGCAACACCGACUGGGAAGCAGCUGCUGGUUUAUUAAAGGGAAUCCACGAAACGAUCGUUCGUUAUCCCUUCAUCCUGUUAUGGCAACAAGUCAAGACUCUUCUCGCGAAUUUAACGAAUCUCAUCAUCAACGAGCCCGGAACAGUGACGGAACCCGUAUCAAGUGCCGGCGCCGCGCUCAUGUCGCAACAUCCGCCUGCCUUUUUCUGUUCCACUGUCGUUCGCCUAAUCGCUUUACAACUCGUGUCACCCGUCGAAAGCUUCAGUUUGGAGCAAAUUUGUGGCGGUCAAGCGGAAUUCGCAUCCCAAGAAAAAGCCGAAGGGUACGUCAUGCACUUAAUUAUCCCGCUUUGCCUGAAAAUCUGCAGUGGGCGCGGCGUAAGCGACGUCGGCGAACUCAAACAAGUCGACAUUUCGUUUUUGGUGACUUCAAUUUUGAAUGCCAUGAGUCCGCCUGCGGGAAGAACGGCGCAGAUCCAAAGUAAUAGAGUUGGUCCGGAUAUUCGUGCGGGAUCUUUGACCUUUACGGGAUCCCGUGACGCCAAGAGACCCGCUAAAAUUGCAAAUUCUUUGUACCAAGCGGGAUUUUUGGCACUUAAAACGUUGAGUAUUUGCUUUGAGGCGCGUCUCGCGAACGAAUGGCCCCGAAUUGUGCGCGUUAUGAGGGAUUUGGGACGCAGGAAUGAAGCAGCGCCGGAGCUUUGGAACUUUUUGGAGUUCACCGUGACUCACAGGACGCCUCUUUAUCUGGUUCUGAUGCCUUUUAUCUUGCAUAAAAUCUAUCAUCCGCCAAUUGGGGACCACGAACGUCACAUGCAGUUCUUAAUUCGUGAGAGAAUUCGCGGGCAAAUGCCUCCGGGCGGCGUAAAAUCACGUGGCGCUAUUUUACUCGACUUGGCACGUGAGUUGCGUGAUUUGAAGGAAGAGUUGGAGGAACGACGUUACGAUCGGGAUGUCAUUGGUGAGACGCGGGACAAACGAGAGGUGUCUGUGAACAUCCCCACGAGCGAAAACACUUCGAAACAACGUCCUUCAUUGAUUUCUAUUCUCACGGGGCAAGGUCCACAAGCCACUGGAGGUCCCCAAUCAUCGGGAAUCACCCAAGAUUCACGCAGCGGAAGUGCCGGACAACAUACGCCAAGCGAUACUUUGUCCCAACACACCUUAAAUCCGCCCAAAGGCGAAUCCUUGUCCAGCAGCUCGACCACGACGAACAAAGAACCCGGCGUCGCAAGUGAAACGCAGUCCGCGACACCAACUCCAACCACUUCAACGACAAUUAUCGCCGCUUCUUCGUCCCAACCGAUGGGCGGAAGUGUCCCCCAUCUACCCUAUUCCUCGGCAAUGGCUUCUCACACGGGCGGCAAGGCCCAUCCGCCUCGAUUGCGAUUCGUUCAAAGUGUCGAAUUUCGACAUUCGAGCGGCGAACGUUCAAUCACGCCCCUUUCGCCCGAAAGUCCCGACGAAAGUUCCGGCGAAACGCAAAAACCGCACAGACUGCAACGUUCGAAGGCACAAAGUAGAAAAACGUUCCGCUUGAAACGAGGGCGCCCGAGUCAUCGUGAUCUCCCCCCAAGUGGGCAACUGUCGAAGGAAGCUCCGCCAUCGGUGUCUACGGCAACUAUCACGCCCGCAAGUAGUGGCACGAAUACAGCGACGGUUAGUCCGACGCCAGUUAUCAGCACGCCGCCAGCAUUGACAGUUGCUUCGAUUAAACCGGUGUCGGAUGUUUCGUGGGAUUCGGUCUCGCAAACGUCCUCGACAUCGGGGUAUCGUGAUAAUUAUAGUUUUCAGACGGGAUUUUUGUCGCCGGAUGAGAAAACGGGAUCGCAGCAGUCGUUGUUGAUGCUUUUUGAGGCACAAGAUGAAGACACGUUGAUUUAA